UUGACCCCGAGACCCCACCGAAGUAUCCCAUCAAGGCCAAGAGUGUGCUGGAGCCCCGCGGUAGUGGAGCUCCACGACGUGGCGCAAGGAUAACCCGCGGAAUAUUCUAUUACACUCAGCAUGGACCAGCGAAUACCACUAUCACUUACGAGAUCACCGGUCUCGAUCCCCAUUCUAGUCACGGUAUUCAUAUUCAUCGCACUGCCGAAUUUCGAUAUAACGGAUGUAACUCAGCGGGGGGAACCUACAACCCCUACCGUUAUCAACACGGGGCUCCCGAUGGUCACAUAAGGCACCUCGGAACUCUCG